AUGAGGCUGGCCCUGCGCUUCGCCCUGAGUGCCUCCGUCUUCCUGAUCACCCUACUUCUAAUCGUCAAAAUAAAACUCGAGGACGUCUGGGACCAAUAUGGCGUCUCGAAUUACAUCGCUCAUUCGUGGAAGAAUACAUUCCAGCAUGGCCCCGUGCAGAACAUACCAACGUUCGACGGCGAGGCCAGCCAUAAGGUCGUCAUCAUGGCCAAGACGGAAAAGGAGAAUACGGACUGGGUAGCAGAGAACUUGCCAGACUGGCAGGCGGCGAUUUACACCGUCAACCCCUCCCCCAACACCACGGAUACUACCCUCACGACCCCAAUGAACAAAGGCAGAGAGUCCAUGGCCUACCUCUCCUACGUAAUCGACAACUACGCCAACCUCCCUUCGACCCUCGUAUUCCUCCACUCCCACCGCUCAGGCUUCUUCUCGGCCUGGCACACCGACACACCUCUCCACGACAACGUGGACGCCCUACGAUCUCUUCAAAUACCCUUUGUACAAAAAAACGGCUACGUGAAUCUGCGCUGCAACUGGAACCCGGGGUGUCUGGAAGCACAUAGACACAACGCGCAUGUUACUCCGGAAGUGUGGAAAGACGUGUUUGCGGGGACGAGUAAAGAGGAGAAGGCGCAAUUGGAUACGAAUGGGCAGGCGCCGACGUUGGUAGGGGCUGCGUGCUGUGCGCAGUUCGCGGUGUCGAAGGAUCAGGUGCUGGCGAGGCCUUUGAGUGAUUAUGAACGGUUCAGGGAAUGGAUCAUAGAUACGGAGAAGAGUGAUGCAAAGAGCGGAAGGGUGCUGGAAUUUCUAUGGCAUGUGAUUUUUGGGAAGGAUGCUGUGUACUGUCCUGCCGAAGAGAAAUGCUACUGCGAUGUCUACGGUCAUUGCUAG